CUAAUUACCGAAAACAACCGAAAACAACUUGAAACCGUUGCACAGGUUGCCAAAGCCCCUGAUCCUAGUAGUGUUCUGGCUGUGCUACCUGCCGUUCUGUACCAAGUUCUGUACCGUUCUACAUGUUUUUUUUACCGUUCUAUAUGUGCUAUGUGCCGUUCUCUAGGUAGCCAAGAUGGUGUCCCUGAUCUUGGUGGUGUUCUGGCUGUGCUACCUGCCGUUCUGUACCAAGUUCUGUACCGUUCUAUAUGUGUUCUGUACCGUUCUACAUGUGUUCUGUACUGUUCUGUAGGUAGCUAAGAUAGUGUGCCUGAUCCUGGUGGUGUUCUGGCUGUGCUACCUGCCGUUCUGUACCAAGUUCUGUACCGUUCUAUAUGUGUCCUGUACCGUUCUACAUGUGUUCUGUACUGUUCUGUAGGUAGCCAAGAUGGUGUCCCUGAUCCUGGUGGUGUUAUGGCUGUUGUACCUGCCGUUCUGCACCAUGUUCUAUACCGUUCUGCAUGUGUUCUGUACCGUUCUACAUGUGUUCUGUACUGUUCUGUAGGUAGCUAAGAUGGUGUCCCUGAUCCUGGUGGUGUUCUGGCUGUGCUACCUGCCGUUCUGUACCAAGUUCUAUACCGUUCUGCAUGUGUUCUGUACUGUUCUACAUGUGUUCUGUACCGUUCUGUAGGUAGCCAAGAUGGUGUCCCUGAUCCUGGUGGUGUUCUGGCUGUGCUACCUGCCGUUCUGGAUCCUGCAGAUGCUGAUGUUUCAUAGUCCCGAGACCAUCCGCAGCGGCAUCAGCUCCGAGGCUUUCUACUACCUCAGGUUCGUCCUGCAGAACCUCAGCUACAUCAACGCAUGCGCCAACCCGUUCUUGUACACGUUGCUAAGCGACAAGUACAAGGCCAUCCUGAAGGGCAUCCUGACCUUGGGGGGCACGCCGCAGUUUCCCGCCGUGCACCGCACCAUGACCACUCACAGCUCCAUCGAGCUCAACUCCAUGCGUAGGAGUCACGUGAUGGACAGGGGCAGUCACGUGACGACCCACACCCCCUCGCCCAUGUUCGGGACGCCCCACGUGCGCCGGACCUUCUACACCAUCCGCGAGCGGUCAAGUUCGGAGGAGAACGACGCCAUGAACAUUCGCGCCUGAUGGACUAUCGCAGAAACGUAACUUCGAUUGCUUACGCAUGGGCGACCUUGUUAGAAAAGCCACAAGGGUUACUGAGAAAGUCACAAGGGUUUACAUGAAUGCAACCAGGGUUGUUAAGGAAAAGGCCACGAUUUUAAGAAGAGUAACAAGCGUUACCAAGAAAAAGGCUAGGAUUAAAAUGAGAGUAAAAAGAAUUGCAAAGAAAGUCACAAGGGCUGACAUCAAUUUAACGAGGCUUGGCAAGAAUAAGGAUAGGAUUAAAAGGAAAGUAACAAAGGUUUGCAAGAGGAAAGCUAAGAUUAAAAGGGGAGUAACUAGGAUUGGCAAGAAAGCCGCAAGGGUUACCAUGAAUAUGAUUAGAGUCGCCAAGAAAGUAACAAGAGUUGACAAGAAAAAAAGAAGCACUGUGAGGAGAGAAACAAUGGUUGCCAAGAAUUUAACAAUUGUUGACAUCAAUGAAACAAGAGUUGCCAAGAACAAGGGUAGGAUUAAGAGGAAAGUAAUGAAGAUUGGCAACAAAGUCACAAAGGUUGCCAUGAAUGAAUCAGGUUAUUAACAAGACUGGCGAAGAAAAAAGAUAGGAGUUAAAGGAGAGUAAGAAGGGUAAGCAAAAUAGUGACAAGGGUUGCCAAGAAAAAGGCUAUAAUUGAAAGGAAGAUUAACAAGAGUUACCAAGAACGUGAAAAGAAUUGGCAAGAAAAUGACGAUGGUUGGCAAGAAAGUGACGAUGGUUACCAUGGAUUUGACUAAGGUUGCUAAGAAAAAGGCUACCAUUUUAAGGCAAGUGACUAAGGUUUUAGGAUAUUGAAGAGGUUCAAGAAUCUGUAGUAUUUCGAAAACGCGCGAUGUUGAUGUAAAUAAUACCAUUAGAAAGCUAACCUAAGGCUGGAUCCUGGG